GUUCGUAGCAUAGGCUCCGUCCAUAUAUUCCUAUGUCAAUGCACGAUACGUAUCUGGAAAUAUUGUUUGUGCCGUCCACGUUCGAUUCGCGCAUGUACGAAUCCGUCAACGUGAAAACUUUGUAAUUAUUGUACAAGUCGUAUGACGCAUGUAACACGUCGCAGCGCAGCACCAACGUUUCGAUACUGUCGCGAUAUCACACUUCGCGACAGGUGACAAUCGCAGCGUCGCGUGAGCUGGCAAUGCGUGAUCGAAAACAUGUACGAGAAUGUUUCUACUGUAUACGAGUAACGUCGUGGGAUAACAUCACUGUUUUUACUUUUUAUAGUAUAAUUAGGUUAAGUUAGGUUAGGGAAUUGGAUGAUUUUAAUGUCUAUUUGGUACGCAUAUUUUUAAUAUAUUUUUUAUCUACGAUGUUGUAUAUACUUUUUCAACAUCUUUUUACAUUUUUGCUUUUAUUGGCUUUCGUUUUCAGGAUAAAAAGAAGGAAUAGUUGGAUAAAAUUGUCGACUCGUUGAGAUUCGUUUGGAAACUGAAAGUGUAAAAUACAGGCAAAAAAUAACAGUGAAGCAACAUGAUUCUUAGGAGUAUUAAAAUACCUCCAUCUAGUUUAUAUCAUGGCAAAAAGCAGUUGCAAUUGUUGAAAAGACUAAUUACAAGCAACACUCAAGAAAAAUUUGAUGUAAUCGUCGUUGGUGGUGGUCAUGCUGGAACCGAAGCAUCUGCGGCUGCUGUUAGAAUGGGUGCCAAGACACUGUUGGUUACUCAAAAAAAAAGUACUAUAGGAGAAAUGUCGUGUAAUCCAUCCUUUGGCGGAAUCGGAAAGGGUCAUUUGAUGCGAGAAGUAGAUGCUUUGGACGGAGUGUGUUGUCGGAUAUGCGAUAUGUCGGUACACUACAAAGUUUUAAACCGAUGCAAGGGACCGGCUGUGUGGGGCCUUAGGGCUCAAAUCGACAGAAUGUUGUAUAAGAAACAUCUUCAAGAAGAACUUUUUAACACGCCGGGAUUGCACAUUUACGAAUCCUCCGUAGAAGAUCUGAUUUUGUCGGCAGAGCCUCUGUCGUGCUGUGGAAUUAUUCUCAAAGAUGGAACGAAAGUAUUCGGUGAUGCGGUAGUUAUAACCACGGGAACUUUCUUAAAAGGCCAAAUAAAUAUUGGAUUAGAGAAGAGACCCGCAGGUAGAUUAGACGAUGAGCCUAGUAUCGGUUUGGCAGACACACUCGACAGGCUUGGAUUUCGAAUAGGAAGAUUGAAAACUGGCACACCGCCAAGACUAGAGAAAGAAAGCAUCGACUUUACUGCGUGCACUAUAUUUCCACCAGAUGAUUUUCCCAUACCAUUCUCGUUUAUGAAUGAUAAGGUGUGGCUACAGCCAGAUAAACAAGUGCCGACUUAUAUGACGUACACGAACGAGGGUGUUGCACGUAUCAUAAAGGAGAAUAUGCAUUGCAAUUUACACGUUACGGAGGAGAUAACGGGUCCGCGGUAUUGUCCGAGCAUAGAGAGUAAGGUUCUACGAUUCAAGAAUUCUGACCAUCAGAUCUGGCUAGAGCCGGAAGGGCUAGACUCACCGUUAAUUUAUCCGAGCGGACUGUCGUGCACUCUGCCAGAGGAGAAACAGAUUGAACUCGUUAAGUGUAUUCCAGGAUUGGAGAAUGCUCGCCUCGCUAGGCCUGGUUACGGCGUUGAAUAUGACUAUGUGGAUCCUAGAGAAUUGACCUCUCAGUUGGAGACCAAAAAAGUUCCAGGAUUGUUUCUGGCCGGACAGAUAAAUGGUACUACCGGUUACGAAGAGGCUGCCGCGCAAGGUAUCGUCGCGGGUGUCAACGCGGCCGCUAAGGUGUUUAGGAAACCGCCGCUUCUGAUAAGUCGAACUGAGGGCUAUAUCGGCGUCCUCAUUGACGAUCUAACGACGGCGGGUACCACGGAGCCGUACAGGAUGUUUACCAGCAGGGCGGAGUUUCGAGUGAGUCUACGUCCCGAUAACGCUGAUCAGAGACUGACGGAAAAGGGAUACGCAAUACCUUAA